GAACCAGCUAGAGGCUCUGCACUUCGUCUUUGUCUUCCUGCAGCCCAGACGCUCACAGCCCCCUGCUGGACCAGAGGCCUCCGGAGAGGAGAGAGCAGAAGGCCCUCGGAACCUGAGGCCACAGUGAGAGCUUCACUGAGAACAGAAAAUCCUUUGACGUGUGACGACAGCUCUCAUUCUCCCACAGGCAAAAUGAACACGGAUUUGAUGCCGCAGAAUCUGCUGGACACCCAGGCAGGGAAAGCAUUACGCAAGGCUGGUGUCAGUCUGCAAAGGGACGAAGAUGACAUUCUUCCAUAUGAAGAUGUGGAGUGGCAAGAUGGUGACCUGUCAGCUGAAGAAAGAAUAUUUUUGGAAGAGUUUCCCAUCUUGAAAGGGGAGCUGGAAGUGCGCAUCAGAAAGCUUCAUACCCUUGCAGACCAGGUCGACACAACCCACAGAACACUCACCAAGACCAGCAUAGUAGCCAAUUCCAUCGCUGUGGUCUCAGAAGUCAUGAGCAUCCUGGGCUUGGUCCUCGCUCCGGCAGUAGCAGGAGGAAGCCUGGUACUCUCCGCUGCUGGUAGAGUUUUGGGGAAAGCAGGGGAGGUCACCAGCAUCUUGACCAACGUUCUGGAACGCUUUCACAGUCAAGAAGCCCAAGCUUAUGUCGGUAGCCUAGUGCCCACCCGUGCCCAAGAGGUCAGGGGAGCUGGGGCAGCCUAUGUCUUGGCUGCCGGAAAGGUGGUCCAGGAUUGUGAAAGCACCGUCAAGGAUAUCCGGAAGAGCAUCCGUGCCUUUCAGAUAGCCAGGGCCAACCCGCGCCUGGCCGCUGCCGCCAAGAAUCUCCUGACCACUGGCCAAGUCUCAGCCCGGAAGAGCAGGCAGGUGCAAAGGUCUUUUGAAGGUACCACGCUGGUGAUGAAAACAAAGGCUCGCUUGCUGGGUACUGCAAUGGCUGGCUUCUCCCUGAGCGUGGUCUUGGCCUCCCUCCUGAAGGACUGGAAACAGCUGAAGGAGGGAACAAAAUCAGAGCUUGCGGAAGAGCUAAGGGCGCAGGCUUGGGAGCUGGAAAGGAAGCUGACAGAAUUCACCCAGUGCUAUGAGAGCCUGCAGCAGAAGAAACUCUCCCAAGAAAAAAAGCCUGUGAGCUCAUCUUCGGAAGGAACCAUGGGGACUGUACCUCUGCCACCAGGGAAAGCAGGAUCCCAGGGGACAGGAGAGGAUGAAGACAAUUGAGCCCAGGGGUCUCUGAGUGGAAGAAAAGGGGACCACGGCGGUGGUGGGGCAAGGUUGGCAGAGGCAAUGCCUGGAGACUCAGCAGCUGACAGGUCUACAAGGGUGUUGAGGGCACUGUCAGUGGUGAGUGUCACACUGUAAGUUAAGGGAGGUCAGCCUGUCCCAUCCCUCCCUCCUUCAUGUGUGUAACUCAUUUCCUGGACCCCUUCACCGCCCCUGCUCCCUCCCUCGCAUGCAGAGUCAGCCCAUGUGAAACGUGUAUUAUUUGACCCCAGGCCCUGUAUUAAGUGCUGACACCAGAUGGAAGGGCUCUGGGAAUGAAGGGUAUGCUGGGUUCUCUCUUUUGUAUCAACUCAGCUUGUGUUGGCCCUCUGUCCUCCCCCUCCCCGACCUGGGCAGUAAUCGCUGGAGAAGAUCCUGGGUUUGCACAUAAAAGGAUGUCACCGCAACCUGCUCGGCCUGAUUCCCAUCAGGAAGGAGCCCCUCCAUCCUCCCCACAACAGAAGUUCUUGGGCUCCUCAAGACACAGGAACCUGUAGGAACUCUCCUGGCUUCCCCGUUCACCCAUCUUACACCUAUUUUUUUCUUUUCUAUGUUUCAGCUGCUAUUUUAAAAGUAGUGUAUGGACAUUCAGUACAACUUUUUAAAAUACAGGAAACUAAAGAAUAGGGGGAAAGGGGCUUCCCUGGUGGCGCAGUGGUUGAGAGUUCGCCUGCCGAUGCAGGGGACACGAGU